AUGAGUUCCGAAUCCAAGACCUUCCCUUUCCCAAUUCCAACCUCGAUCACGGGAGGUUGCCUCUGCGGCUCGGUCCGCUACCGCGUCACCUUCCCACCUGACCACGAUUUCCUCCGCUUCUCACAAACCUGCCAAUGCACCCAAUGCCGAAAGCAAACGGGCUCUCUCUUCUUUGCUGAGCAUGUCAUUGCUCCAGCUUCCACCGCCUUCACCUUGACUAAUAAAGAGAAUCCCACCCUCAAGCAUUACAGCACCAGUCCAAAGGCAUACAGAUGGUUUUGCUCAAACUGUGGCUCGUUUCUCUAUUGGCAGCCGCUCGACAACGAGAAGGAUUACAUCUGCUUGGCGGUGGGGAGCAUCGAUCAGGUGUAUCUUGUGGGUGGUGAGAAUGAUGAAGGUGUGCCGAAGGAGGGAUAUGGGCUGGCGCUUGUGGGUGGGGGAGGCGAGCAUCUCUUUUGCCAGAAUGAGAUCAAGGGCGUGACGGAUGAUAUUCCGCUGUUGGGCAGGAAGAGAGGGACGAGAGUUAUGGAUGGGGGUGAGUCGGCCUAG